UUAAAAACUCCCACCAAACUUUUUGAUUUUAAAACUCCCAUCCCAUUCAAUUUCAACCAGAUUUCGUUUGUUUCGUCCUUUUUUUCUUUCUUUCUGCAUUCUCUCGUCGUCGUCUCAGAUCUAGAAGAAGGAAGCAGCGACAUGGCAGGCAAAGGAGGAAAAGGACUCGUAGCUGCGAAGACGAUGGCUGGUAACAAGGAUAAAGAUAAAGAUAAGAAAAAACCCAUCUCUCGCUCUGCUCGUGCUGGUAUUCAGUUUCCAGUGGGUCGUAUCCACAGGCAACUCAAGACCAGAGUUUCUGCACAUGGCAGAGUUGGUGCCACUGCUGCUGUCUACACUGCUUCAAUCCUGGAGUACCUAACUGCUGAGGUUCUCGAGUUAGCUGGAAAUGCGAGCAAAGAUCUGAAAGUGAAGAGGAUUACUCCAAGGCAUUUGCAGCUGGCAAUCAGAGGAGAUGAGGAGCUUGACACACUCAUCAAAGGAACCAUUGCUGGAGGAGGUGUGAUCCCUCACAUCCACAAGUCUCUCAUCAACAAAACCACCAGAGAGUGAUUUGUUUCUUAUGUCACUGAGAGAUUGUGUGAUUUGCUAGUUAGUAGCUUAUGCUGUUUCUGUUUGUUUAGUCUUGUACUACAUUUCCUUUUUCUCUUCUUAGUUCUUUGACUAGUGUUGAUCUCUUCUGGACAUCCUCAGGUGUACAUUAGUUAAUUUGAACUUUUAGGUUUCUUCUUCAAGCAAAUGCUGUCUCUUGUGA